UUCAUCAGAACGUCGAUAUGAAACUGUGUCACAGUUUGGUCUGUUUCCUCUUCCUUCAAGCACUUCAGGAUGGAAACGCUGAUCUUGCUACUGCAGAAAUUCCCAUCCAUGCAGAAAGGGAGGGAGGAAACAUCACAGUUGGCUGUUUAUUUUCUUUGUCUGGAAGCUUGAGGCUCUUCUGUAAGGAAAAAUGUGAACAAGGAAAAAUUCUCAUUGAAACAACGGAGGACACAGCUCAACGAGGCAGAUACAGCAUUGAGUAUAAAGAAGGAAGAUUUCUCGAAACUAAGACAGUUAUGUAUGUGAGCAUCACAAAGCUGGAAGUGUCUGACUCGGGAGUGUACAGGUGCUCUUUGGGCAGAGUGGGUGUAGAUUUUUUUAAUUCAAACUAUGAAUUUCAGAUCUCUGUCAAAGAAGCCUCCACACCAACGAUGAAGAUGACACCACAGAGUUCAAACUCCACUGUUACAUCAUCCUCCACUGAAGCUUUCCAACACUUUCCCACACAACCUGCAAGUUCAGAUCUGCUGCUAUACAUGGGUCUGGUUGUGAUUGUCCUGAGCGCCUUCUUAUCAGCAGCUUUGCUGAUUUUCUGCAAGAGGAGGGCAACUAAACCCAAAAGACCUCCAGUGGAAAAUAUCUACUCCAGCAUCAUAGAUGACAGCCAGCUGUAUGAAGAGAUCAGAGAGGAGACAUUUCCACCUCCUGUGGAAAUGUCUUCAGUUUACACCACUGCCACAUGUCCCCAGCCAGAUGGAGUUGAAAGCUCAGAUGACUAAAGCA